AUGCGCAAAUUAUUGAUUGGCACAACUGGCUACGCUCAAAAGAAAUUGAGCUGGCUAGCCAAGUCGUCGACAAAGGCUGAUGUCACAGUUCAAUUUGCCAGUCAAUUGGCUUCCUCCAAGCGCGACAAAACAUCAUCCGGCUUGGUCAACAUGCUUCAGGCACCGCGAUCUAACGGCAAGUCCGGACUAUUUUCUCGCUUUGGCGAGGCGUCCAGAGGCAAACGAUAUCAACUUUUCAGGGCCGCCGCAUUUCUGUCUCUUGGAAUGCAGGCUACUGUCAUCUAUGGCCAAGUAACAUCCGAUGUCUACAAAUGGAUGAAGGGGGACAUCUUGGUCGGUCUCUUCCUCAUCCACAACUCAGCAUGGGUUCUCUGCACCAACAAUGCCCAAGUCGAUUACUACCACAACGAAGUCGUCUUUGAUGCCUGCCCACAAAACCAUCCAACGCAGAUUUCUGUUUCGUGCAACAACCGCAAGACGUGGCAGAAAAAAUGGCUCAAGAAGGUUGCUCAGGGAGCAGUCAUUUUAUAUGCGACUUUCAACUCCAUUUGUAUAUGGGAAGCCUGGAUAACACUUGCUGUCUUUUUCACCGGUGCUUCAAAGAAGACAGAGAGUGGUUGGAACUGGGCCAGGCACUUGCCAUUACCCCUUAGCUACCGGUCCUGGUGAACUCCAUAUCCAUCUUGUGUCGUAAGUUCAAUAUCCCCUCGCUGCGGGACCAUCGCUCACAUGUAAAAGUCGGAGCCGAGGCUGGGCAUACCAGUCGUCUUCC